AUGAUGCUCACGUCGCGCUCCGCGUCGCGCUCCCGGCGCCGCGAUGCGGAGCACUGGGGCGCCCCGCCGAACUCGCCGCCCCCGCCGCCGGCGCCGGACGUCGAAGACGUCGCCGAGGCGCGGAGCUCGGAGCGGGAGGAGGACCGCACGGUCGAGGCCGUGGACAUCGCGUUGGCGGCGGCGUGCGCCGUGGCGUCGGCGGAGCCGCGGCCGCGCAUCGCCCUGCGCCUGCGGACGUCGGCGGGCGUCGAGGUCUGGGUGCUCUCGACGGAGGACGGCGCGGCGGCGGUGCACCGCGCGGCCGGCGGCGACGCGGACGCGGACGUCGCGGCGGCGCUGGAGUGCUCCCUCGGCACGUUCCUCCGCCUCGCGUCGAACCGCCUGAAGAUGUCGCGGGCCGUGCUCUCGGGCCUCGCGAAGGUCUCGGGCCACCGGCGGUCGCUGGAGCGCUGGGGCCCCGUGCUCCGCGAGGCGAAGCGCGCCGUCGCGGCGUCCCUGGGCCUCCGGCGCCCCUCCGCGGACGCGCGCGAGGCCGCGUUCGCGUCGGCCGCCGCGCGCGAGACCGUCGGCGCGGCCGCGCUCGCGAACGAGGAGCGCGCGGGCCCGCUCUACCGGCGCGGCGGCUGGCGCGCGGCCGUGAGCGCCAUCAAGGGCGAGGCCGCCGGCGGCCGCUGGCGCCUGCGGGUCCAGGUGUCGCCGGGGCCCGACGCGCGCGUGCCGUCGCGCGCAGUGUCGCGCGACGUCCGCGCGGACCUCGCGGCCGCGUCCGAGGCCGCGUGCGCCGUCGAGCUCCGGCGCGAGCUCGCCACGCUCCUCGGCGGCGUCGCGCGCGCCUUGGGCCUCGAGGCGGACGACCGCAUCGAGCGGGCGCUGCCCGCGGCGGCGGCGUUCUCGGGCGGGCGCGUGCUCCGCGUGGCCGUCUCCGAGGCCGACGGCGCGGUGCGCGUGGAGGUCCUCGCGGCCGCGCCCGGCGCGUCGCGCGGCGCCGUCGCGCGGUCGCUGCUGGACCUCGCGGACUGCUACGGCGACCUGACCAAGGCCCUCGACUUCGUCGUCGGCGAGGUCGCCAAGGCCUGGACGCAGCUCACGCGGCCGGAGACGCGGGACCGCGCGGCGCUCGGCGACGUCGCGAACGCGCGGAGCGACUCGGAGCGGCAGGUCGACGACUACCACCAGGGCAAGUGGGUCCCCGAGGCGGAGCGGAAGAAGCACCGGAAGACGGCCCUGGAACGCGCGUCCCUCGCGAAGCUCCACCGCGGCCGGCCCGCCUACCUCAAGGCCCUCGGCUGGACGGAGAAGGGCACGGGCCACGGCAUGAGCCUGGGCGCCAUGCACUCGCCGGAGGCGCAGAAGAUCUGGGCGGACCUCAAGCCCAUGGCGCCGGAGGCGGAGCGCGAGGUGCUGGAGCCCACGCCCGCCGCCGCGCCCGCGGCGCCGCUGGCCGCCGCGCCGCCGCCGAGCGCGGCGCUCGCGCGGCGCGCGGCGGACUUCGACGACGUGCCGCCCCGGGCCGAGGCCAAGGAGGCACCCGCGCGCGACGCGCCGGCGACGCUGCCGCCGCCGCCCAAGGUCGUCCAGCAGAUCAAGAAGCCGCCGGCGGCGGAGCCCGCGGUCGUCAUCCGCGGCCAGCUCUCGAGCCAGCUCGGCAAGGGCUCCUUCAUGUUCGGGAAGCGCUGGGCCAAGGGCCACUGGACCUUCAACCGCCAGCACCGCGAGCUCGUGCAGUACGCCGACGGCGGCGAGCGCGAGGUGCUCGGCCAGUACGCGCUCGCGCCCGACUGCGAGCUCCGGCUCUCCAAGGCCGACCCGCGGCUCGCCGUCGAGCUGACGGCCGUCAUCAAGCGCAACGUUUCGCCGGGCCUCUUCUCGAGCGGCGGCGACGACCCGCCCCAGCCCCUCACCCUCAAGGCGGCGACCGUCGCCGAGUGCUCCGCGUGGAAACUCGCGCUCGAGGCGGUCCUCCGCGUGCGCCAGACGGCCGAGGCGCGACGGCAGGCCGCGGCGGGCUUCGACGCGGCGGCGGCGCCACCCGCCGCGGCGCCGCCGCCGGCCGCGCCAGCGAAGGCGCCCGGCGCGCCGCGGUCGCCCAAGUCGGGCGCGCUCGAGAAGCUGCUCGCGCUCCGCGCGACCUUCGACGACCUCGAGCGCGCCGUCGGCGAGGUCGAGUUCGGGUUGCGGAGCGGCAACGACGCCGCCUGGAAGGCCGAGGCCAAGGCCGACGUCGCCCAGAUCAACGGCCGCCUCGACAAGCUCCAGUUCGCGGGCAUCGACGCCGUCGUCACGACGGACAUCAAGGACGACGCGAAGAAGAGCGAGUGCAAGACCAAGCGCAAGGCCCUCAACCAGGACGUCGAGUCCCUCCGCACGCGCAUCGGCGCGGCCUACUCGCAGCUCAAGGGCUAG